GGCUUUGUGAAACGGUUUAUCCACUUCAUGACAUCUCCUUAGGUCGGCGACAAAGAUAUGACUGUCAUGGAGUUGGUUUCAAGAAACGGCCCCCAGGUGGAGACAACCAAACAUUUCAGAUCAAAGCAAUUUUUCUUGCAAAUGUUGUAAGGAAAGGUAUAUGAUACAUCUAUACCAGAAAGAUUGCGCUAUUCAAGAUAGAGCGUGAUUGUUCAUAAAUAAAACUCAAUGAUGACAUGAGCAAUGGUAUUAUGGUAUUAAAGUUUACAAUAUGAGCAAAGUUUCACACCAAAGCAAACAUUAUAAGAAAAAUGGUAUUUAGAAGACAGAGGGCGCUAUUCAAGACCAGCCAAACAGUUUGAUAAGGCAAUUGGCAAAAAUAUGGCUGAGAUCAAACAGAAGUUUUAGAGAAAGGCAAUGUUUGAUACAAAAAAUUCAAGAGAAAUUUAGCAGAAAAGGGGCUUUAUUUACAAAUAUAAAGCAUAAUCAUUCAGGUGUGAAAGAAAUGAGCCAGGUUCAGACCAAUGCAAGUCUUACUGUAAUUGAAAAGUUAUAAGCCAAAAUAAAUAAGGGGAAAAUAGUGAUUUUGAAAUCUGGUAAUGCCAUGUUCAGACGUUAAUGUUUAACAGACGUUAAUGUUUAACAGACUUCCCCAUACAAGUACUGUAGUUUCUUUUUGUAUUGUCCUUAGGCCCAUUUACACAUUCAAAAAAUCAUUUUGAAGAAAUUUGGACUAUCAUUUACACUAGUGGAAAAAUGCAUACAAAACUGUCAGGUUUGCUCUAACUAAUGUUUGGUGAGUAGUACGCAUGAGACAGCAACACUUAUCAGUGCCCUGCAUGUGUUAGCACAGAAGCGAGGAGAGUCACUUGAGCAAAAAAUCUGUAUCUUAGCAGUAUCGGUUUGCAUUUACACUGCAAAAAUCAGUGGGCGUUUAAAAAAAAAAAAAACACACACACUUUUUUGGUUGAUUUUGUGUUGUGUUUGCAGAGCACAGGCACAUGAGAAAAAUUGAUUCUGGUCACAGUUUUGGAUAUUAUUUGUGUGUUACUUCUUAUUUGCUUCUACUCCACUUUGGUAGAAAUUAUUUUGCAGCACUGAUUGUGUGUAUCUUGCGAUUACUAUAUGUACUAUAAAUGUGAAGGGAAUGCUAUUGGGGCUCUUUGCUUACCAAGCUAUAUAGGCUUUGAAACUAUUGUGAUCGAGCACACUUGGGUCCCUGUCUAUGAUAUUAAUGCAUUCCGUCAUCAACACAUGGCAACAAUCACUAUGGAAGCUAAAGAAUGUACUGGCUGAUAAAUGAACCCACAAAGCCUUGACCCAAUGAUUGUUGGUGAAAAAAAUUAAAUGUUAAAAGCAAAUUUCAUCUCACAGACUAUAUCACCACCAUCGUCGCGGUGUGAAGUCAAGUGCCAUCGAUCAUAUUAUAAGGAAGCCCUCAUCGGGCAGUGAUCAUUUCCAGGGUGAUGGAAACAACUCGGUUGGCGAACAUAAAGGAGAGGUGAUGAACAUGGAUGGCCUGGAAGGUGCGAAACACCUGCUCUUAUAGGUGCAAUGCAGCAUCAAUGGGAAGGUAUUCCUGUUGCCACGGUAACUCAGGGAUACAUAGAGGAUGAUGGAGCUAUCACUUCUGAGGUAGUCGAGUUGGAAUUGGAUGAUAUUUUGCACUCAUUUUUCAAGUUACAGGAGGCAAUGGAUAUCUGUAUACGCAUUUGCCAUGUCUCAUGUUCGGCUCUUUAUGGAAAAAUUCCUUGAUGGCGUUAAAUUCCUCUGUCUUGGAAGCUGAAAUCGUUAGGAUGUCAGAUGUGGCCAUCUACGUGGUCAUUGCCAUCAUUAUUGUCAUCAACGCCAUUGGGAACAUGUUAAUCAUCUUCACUUACCAGCGAGAGUCCAUCUUAAGAGUGCCCGCAAAUACUUAUAUUGUUAGUCUAGCAUGCGCAGACCUCUUCUAUGUGAUUUUGGCUCCAUUAUGUCUUGUAGUCUCAUAUACCACGGACAUCAGCCAAUAUACCACGUGCCUUUGGAGUCUUACUCUUCUCAUGAUAAACUUCCCCGUCUCUAUUUUCCACCUUCUCCUGAUAGCUGUCGAUCGUUACACCGCUGUGACCAAACCACUGAGAUACUUUGUGAUCAUGUCGGAAUUACGAGUGAACGUCUACCUCUUCCUAGCUUGGUCUUUAGGCUUGCUGAUCGGUCUCCUGCCCCAGUUUGGGUGGCACAAUGCAAUGGAUACCCCGCUACCAGUCUGCAGCUAUCUCCUCAUCCUGCCUCAUGAGUACUUCAUCUUCCUCUUCACAGCAUGUUUCAUCAUCCCUCUCCUCAUCAUGGUCUUCCUCUACUUUGUCAUGUUCAGAGAGGCAAGACGGCAGACCCGCCGUGUGGCACAGCUCGAGAUAGCUGUUCUCUUCAAGAAUGGUGUCAGACGUAAACCUCGCUUGAUGAAGGAUAUCAAGGCCACCGUAACCGUCGGACUCAUCCUCGGCAGCUUCAUCCUGUGUUUCUUACCUACCUGCUUAGCUUACUUCACACACCUGGCAAAUUCGAGCUUGGGCAACUCGCACGUAUUCCUCGGUCUCUCCAGUGCUUGUAAUAUAACCUUAGCCCUUAGUACAGCGGUCAAUCCAUUCAUCUAUGCAUACAAGAGUCAAAGAUUCCGUCAAAGAGCCACUGUCAUUAUCCAUCGCACGCAUAAUCUCCUCAAGAUUCUGUUUGGAUGUCCUUUAUAAUGGGAGAAUAUUUGUGAUAUUCCAUUGAAGUGUGUUGUGUGCUAGAUUAUAUAGUCUUCCAAAGCAGCUGAUUAUUCCAAGAACUUCCACUCAUGAAGUAUUCUCUCAUAUGUACUCACCUCAUGAAAUGAAAGCACACUCAGUGGGCAGGUACGUUUGAGAAUGUGAUCCUUGGCAGACAGACAAGUCUUGUAGUAGGAUUCUGUUUAACUCAUCCCUUCAUUUCUGGUUUGAAUUUUAGGUGACAUACAUGGAUGCCUAGUUCGUUUAAAGGGCAAUCCAACCU